AUGGGAACCUGCAUUACCGUGAUUAAGGUCGUUGGGGCCUCUUCCUUGGGGCUUUUGAGCGGCAACUUGGCAUUUCAGUCGUAUAAAAAGAUCCCUGAUUUGAUCAGUAAGAUCAACAACCAGGUUUCGAUCUCCUCCACAGCCGCUGCAUCAGUGUUGAGGCUGGUGAUGCAGAAUGUGGUUGUUUCUGGAACUGCAAACAUCCUUUUGGCGACCUUGUCGGCCUAUUUGUUCUCCACAGCAUACAAGUACUCGCCUCCAUCUGGCAGACACCCAUAUCUUUUGUACUGUGCUUUGGGCGCCCCCUUGGCGGCAGCCCUGUACCACUUACAGACAUUGGGCGCCGACGUGAAGAUCGUCAAGCGUGCUUGUCUCCAGAAGAAGAUUGUAGAGAAGAAAAAGUCCGAGCAACCCGUUGCACCUGUGCGCUCUAGUGACGACAGCCCCUUGGACAAAUCAUACAUCCAUGUGAGCGACUCGCUGUCUAGCACUACUACGCCUGCUAGCAGCACGCCAAACUCGCCAGAGCAGCCAGCAACCGACAUCCAGCCAACCACCUCAGCCAUUGAGCAGGAGGUCGAAGAGGCGUUGAGCAAGAAGGAGUACCUCAACCACUUGGAGACAGAACGCAAUUCUUACAAGACUGCUUUCGCUGUGUCCAGUGCUGCAUUCGUCGUUAGUGCCAUUGGUCUUGUGGGAGAGUACUUCCUUCACUAA